AUGUUGCUCGGCAUCGUAUUGCACGCGGGGUUGUCCUUCACGCCGUUUCCCUGGCCGGUUCAGGAUGAGCGGCAAAGCGGUUUCUUCUGGCUGUUAUUUGCCGCGAUCCACGGCUUCCGCAUGCCGGUGUUCUUUGUGUUGAGCGGCUUUUUUACGGCCAUGCUUUGGCGCGGGCGCGGCUUAAAAUCAUUGCUCUCCCACCGCUUUCGCCGCGUGUUGCUGCCGUUAUUACUCGGGCUGGUGACCAUCGUUCCCGCAGUGAACUGGAUCAGCGGCUGGGCCAUUGCAUCUGCAUUAGAAGCCAACGCGGCCAAGGCUGCGGAAGACACUAUCUGGAACGCAGCCAAGAACGGGGACCUCGCCGCGAUUGAACGUCACGUGCAAGACGGAGCCGAUAUCAAUGGGAUCGAUCCAGCAUCCGGGCAAACUCCCCUAGUAUGGGCCGCGCUGCUCGGCCAGCUUGAAGCCGUCGAUUGGCUGCUGCAAAACGGGGCCGCGGUCAAUGGCCGCACCAAGGACGGCGGAACGCCCUUGCACGCGGCCGCUUUCUUGGGACGAGUGGAAGUCGCCAAGCUGCUGCUUCAGCACGGGGCGGAUAUCGAGGCAAAAAACAACAACGGCGAUACGCCUCGGGCGGCCUUGGAGGUGGACUGGGAACUGACUCGAUAUUUGGCGGGCUUGUUGCAGAUUGAACUCGAUGCACGACAAGUCAAGGACGGCCGCGUUGAAAUCGCCGGACUUUUCGAACAAUCCGCCGUUGGCGAAAGUCGGGAAAAAACCGACAAGACAAAGGAGAAAUCGACCGGGUUCCUCAAAGCGAUGGCAUCGCCGAUCUUUGCCGUGCCGGUUUUUCACCACCUUUGGUUCUUGUGGUUCCUCUGGUGGUUGGUCCUCGUCUUCGCACUCUACGCCCGCCUCGCUGAUUGGCUGCAAUGGCAGGGGCCGCCCAAGUGGCUGGUUCUUUCUCCCGUUCGAUUGCUCUAUUUGAUCCCUCUGACCGUGAUCCCGCAGUCGCUCAUGGGACUGGUCAUGCCCGGUUUUGGACCGGACACCUCCUUGGGCCUUCUGCCCAUGCCGCACAUAUUCCUUUACUACGCCCUCUUUUUCUUUUUUGGCGCUCUGUAUUUCGACUGCGACGACCCAGACGGCCGGGUCGGGAAAUGGUGGUGGCUGACGCUUCCCUUGGGGCUGUUCAUCGUCUUCCCGUUCGGGCUCGAAUUUUCAACAGGUGCAUUCGGAUUUCGCCAAGAGAUCCUCGACCCGGCCAUGGCCCGGACCGCGGCAGUGGCGUUGCAGGCGAUCUACGCUUGGAUGAUGACCUUUGGGUUCAUCGGCUUGUUCCGCAAACUCUGCGUCCGCGAAAACAAAACCAUUCGCUACGUGUCGGAUUCGUCGUACUGGCUGUACGUGGCGCACCUGCCGUUGAUCAUCGGCGCUCAAUUGGCCGUGCGCGACUGGCCGCUUUCUUCAGGGGCAAAGUACUUCCUGGUUUUUCUCGCAGUCACCGGCCUUCUAUUGCUGAUCUACCAAUUUCUCGUCCGCUACACUUGGCUGGGCCGAUUGCUGAAUGGUCCUCGCGUCCGCCCGACGAGCUAG